UCCCAUAAUUCAAGGGUACACUUCAGAAACGCUUCUAAACCAUGUGAGGCAAACUGAAGCAAACAGUCACGUUCAUUUUCGUAUUGAACCUCGUUUUAAAUGAUUUUAAUAACUACUUUUAUGGCUGUUGGUCCCUCCUUCGUUGGUCGUCUGUGAUUUCUGAGUUCGAUCAGGCAAGUGGAACGAGCUCUGAUGACAGAAUGGUGAUAAAUGGUGAUAAAUGGUGAUCAGUGCUGAUAAAUGGUAGGUUAGUUGUUUUGCUGUUGUGACAGGGUCGUUUGUAAUUUUACACCAUGGUCAAUGAUGGGAGAUGGCAGACAGUUCCUAUAGCUGAUCUGUUUUUUCACCAUGGCGUACAGGACGAGAUGACAAUAUACUGCCUUUGCUCAAGAGCCUUUGUCAAUGAUCGAGAACUCUAUCGAUCUGACUUUAAAUCUCUUCAGGCUCAGACUGACAGUGUAUUGCAAGACAAUGUCAAAGACCUCGAAGAUGAGGAGCCUAGCCACUCAGAGGACGAAGAGGAUGUGGAGAUGGACGAAGAGACCCUCCUCAUGGCCAGUAUGGGUCUGCCAGUAGCGUUUGCCAGCUCUUCAGCUCAGAGGAAAGCACACAAGUGGACUGGAUGCACUCCUCACAGAGGAACAAAGAAGACCAAUGCUGGCCAUCAGGAGACAUUCUCUGACCAUGAGGACCCACUGCAGGACCAACAGCAGGACCCACAGCUGGAGCCGGCUAAGAAUGAGCAGCAGGAAGAGAAGGAAAAGGUUGUUCCAGUGGUUCUGGAGGAGACCCCAGCUGACCCGGAAUCUUCCGCCUCCGAGGAGGCGUGGCUUAAGUACUGGCAGCUGCACGGAGAAACCCUGCUGUGGGGGAGCUGGGUGGAGAAACACCCCGAAUUCUCCAGCGGGACCCCUCUGGCUCCGUGGGACUGUGCUGAGUGGAAGGAGGCCUGGCAGGAGCAUGCCAGCCAGGGCUAUCUCUAUUACUGGGAACAGUUCAAUUACUGGACUGCCCAAGGCUGGACAACAGAUGAGUCCUAUAGUGCUGCGCCUUGUGAUGAUGGACAGUGUAGAGAAGAUGAACUGGAAGAAGAAAAGAACAAGCCGUCCUCUAACUGCGAUGAAAACUUGGUGGAUGUGAACGCCACUGAUAUAGCGGAACGCUUUGACAGUUUAAACUUGCUAACAGAUGAAAAUGACGGUAAUGACAGCCAGCAGGCCUUGGACUGUAAUUGCGCGGAUGAACCCUGUGAUGGAGGUGACCGGAAAAGACCGUCUUCAUCCAGCAGCGUCUGCGCUAAGGAGGGCAAUAAGCAACCAAGCUCUAGUUCUGUGACGAAGAAAAAUGGCCAGCCUGUGAGGAGUGGCUCCAACAAGGAGGACGAAAGUGACGAAGACGAGCCGCCAGAUAGAAAGCAAGCAAAAAUAAAGAGAAGUCAUGAGCUGGAUGCUGAGGAGCUCGCUCAGAUACCUUCUGAGGAGGCGUGGGAAACUCUGGGCCUCAAGCGUGGCCCACGGCUCAAGUUCACGAGCGUUCUGAAGUUCCGGGAGGCUCCGGGGCAGCGUGGGGGCAGUCAGAGUGGAGCCAGGUGGAGACCAACAGGACGGAAAGCGGCCUGUAAGAUCGACAAGCACAUUUUCUUCACCGAGGAUGGAGAGACUGCUGGACCAAAGAUCAGCCAAACUCUGCAGAAAGUGCAGAGUUUUUUGCAUAAGGUCCAAACUGAGGAUGACUCUGAGAAAAAAGCAGCGUCGGUGUUGGGCAGCACAUCUUCACAGGCCAGAGUAAGUACAGGGGAUGGACACGGCACUCCACGCCCACAGGAGAGUGAGGAGGAAUGCAGGGAGCCUCAGCCUGAUUCUCGAUCUGGAGAGAGCAAAGAGCCCCAGCCUUUAACUCAGCCAGAACCGGAACCUGAAGCACUGGCAGCACCGGACCCAGAGCCAUUGCAGGAUAGCGAUUCUGACCCCAGGAGGGAGCUCCAGCCUCUAGACAUUCCGGACUACCUCCUCCCUGAUGCUCCAGGGGACAAAGAGGGAGUAGAGACAGAGGUGACCUCCAAGAAGAAGAAGAAGAAGAAGGCUAGAAGACGGAGGAGGGAAGUGGACGUGCCCCCUGAGAUCGCAGCAGAGCCGGAGCUGGCCAAGUACUGGGCACAGCGUUACCGGCUCUUCUCCCGCUUCGAUGAGGGCAUCAAACUGGACCAUGAGGGAUGGUUUUCCGUCACUCCUGAGAAGAUAGCCGAGCACAUCGCUCAGAGAGUGCCAGAAGUGUAUGACAUGCAGCUCAUCGUUGAUGCCUUCUGUGGAGUGGGUGGAAACGCCAUUCAGUUCGCCCUCACUGGGAAAAGAGUGAUAGCCAUUGAUAUCGACCCAGUGCGACUGGAGCUGGCGCAGCACAACGCCGAGGUGUACGGGGUGGCCCAGCGCAUCGACUUCAUCCAGGGUGAUUUCCUUCAGCUGGCCCCACGUCUGCGGGCUGACGUGGUUUUCCUCAGCCCCCCGUGGGGAGGCCCAGAGUACCUCAGCGCUGAAGUCUUCGACAUCAAAACCAUGAUGAGCCCUGAUGGAUUUGAAAUUUUCAGGCUGGCCAGAAUGAUUUCAGAUAACAUCGUGUAUUUUCUCCCUCGGAACGCUGAUAUGGAGCAGAUUGCGUCCCUCGCCGGUCCUGGUGGGAAAGUGGAGGUGGAGCAGAAUUUUCUCAAUAAUAAGCUGAAAACCAUAACUGCAUACUUUGGCAGUUUGAUUAAGGCUGAUUCUUAGUUUUGUUUUGUUUUUUUAAUGCUGUCUAAAUUCUCCUGUAUUGCACUGUACUGUACAGUCUCUCUGUGUAUUUUAUAGUGCUUGAUUUUUUAUAGUUGGUCAUUUCGUAACACACAGUGUUUGUAAAUGUUUUUGUUUGUUUGUUUAUUAAAAGUUUAUCAUGAAAUCUAAUACGUGUGAUGUUUACUCUUACAGUGGUCAGCCUGAAACUGCUGUUCCAUUAUAG